UCAAUAGAAAAUAAGCAUUUUACUCUCAAAUUUCCAAAGUCUGUCCAGACAUUACAUCAUUAAAUGUAAAUUGAUGCGAUACAAUUUAUAUUAUCUGAAUAAUUAUACAAAUGACAUACAUUGAUAUUAUUGUAAUGACAUGCAUUUAGAUUCAGCAGACAUUUAGGUUUACAGAUAUCCCCUUCCCUCAAAUGAUCCAUUAAUUCAAGUUUCACUAUAGAUAAAUUACUGCAUGGUAAAUAGAAAUUAUAUAGUAUUCCAUCUGGGAAAGAUUUCUGAAAUGUGAAGGGCAGGUUCAGAUGCUACCCUCUUUAUUUUCCAAAAUGGUCUGUAACACCAUGCAAACAAGAAAUUAAGCAAUGUUAUUUUUCACAAAUUGCAUCUGAAGAAAAAAAAUGACAUGGUAGAAUAUUGGAAGUAGGAAGCGAAUACUGCAUGUAUGUAGUAUUGCAUACAGCAGACAAUCAGAAAGGCUAAUAGAGUUCUAAGAAACAAAGUCUCCCUAAUAUAUAUUCACAUUCUUACCGUCCUAACUGCCCAUGCACGUACUCUCCGCAUGCGCCCUCAAACUGCGCCCGAGGUAAACUUUGCUGCAUUGUAUUAGGCUUAAUUUCUUAUGUCAAUCCUCUACAUAGGAGCAAAGCUGCAACUGCCGAACCACAAUAAAAGCAAUUACAAUAAAACCAAACUUCAAGCCAACUUUAUAUCCAGACAUUUCUUUCCCUCAAUCUAGCGCUACUGAAAGACAAUACGACGGGGUGGGAGGAUGAGAUAAUAUAACAAUACAGUCAACUCGAGCCAAAGUCAACCGCGGGCUGACGAAAAGCAGCACCUGAAUCUACCAACCGAACUGAGCGCCUCGGCCGCUACUGCGCAAGCGCCCUUAAAAAAAAAAGAGAAAGCCCAACUGUUGAUGGUUACCGAGGAAACGGCGUUGCUUAGUUACCGGUGAUAGCGGAUCCGUCCCUACCGAAGCCUUUCGCUGCUCGACCGUCCAUCAUGAGCCUUCAGCCGGUGCAAGGCUUGCCGCUUGUUCCAGGCUCGUCCUUUCGGGACCCGACGAAAACUGCUUUUCAUCGUUCCCAAACUCUAGAUUUCAAGAAUGGUUUUGCCUUUAAGAAACUUCCAACUGUGGGGAUAGGUGGAAAUCGGCUUUAUGUAAACCAAUUGUCUCAAGCUGAACUUGAUGAAUUAUCCAACAAGAGACCCACCUUAACUUAUGGUGAACCUAAACAAGCCCCACCUGCAGAUUUCAUUCCAGCACACGUGGCUUUUGACAAAAAGGUGCUCAAAUUUGAUGGAUACUUUCAAGAAGAUGUUCCUAUGUCUACAGAAGAGCAUUUUCGCGUUCGUCAAGUGGGCAUUUAUUACUAUUUGGAAGAUGAUAGCAUGUCUGUCAUGGAGCCCAUUGUUGAAAACUCAGGGAUUCCUCAGGGCAAGUUCAUCAAAAGACAGCGUUUGCCCAAAAAUGAUCGUGGGGAUCAUUAUCAUUGGAAAGAUCUGAAUCGAGGAAUUAAUAUUACUAUCUAUGGCAAGACCUUCCGGAUAGUUGACUGUGAUCGAUUCACCCAGACUUUUUUGGAAAGCCAAGGAAUUGAAGUGAACCCGCCAGAGCAAAUGAUUUUUGAUCCUUAUAUAGAGCUACGUAAAAUGCCUCCACGUAUGUAUGUCACCCCCUCAGAUUUUGAUCAACUUAAGCAGUUUUUGGCAUUUGACAAAAAGGUUCUUCGUUUUUAUGCCAUUUGGGAUGACACUUGGAACAUGUUUGGUGAAAGCCGGAGAUUUAUUAUCCAUUACUACUUGGCAGAUGACACAGUGGAGGUGCGGGAAGUUCAUGAACGAAAUGAUGGCAGAGAUCCUUUCCCAGUGCUGAUAAGACGCCAGCGCCUGCCCAAAGUUUUUUGGGAGAAGAAAGACACCUUCCCAACCUGUGUGCUGGAGAUUUCUGAUCAGGAGGUCUUAGAAUGGUUUACCGCUAAAGAUUUUGCAGUUGGCAAACCCACUACUCUACUUGGACGUACUUUUUUCAUCUAUGACUGUGAUGAGUUCACGCGACAAUUCUAUCAGGAUAAAUUUGGCAUCACUGACUUCCAAGCAGUUGAUGUAAAGAAGCCACUCCCAGAGGAAAUCAAGCAGAUAAUUCCUCCCUACAAUGGUUAUGGUUUCCUUGAAGACUCUCUUCAAAACUGUUUCAGUUUGAUUCCACAACCCCCUAGGAAAAAUAUUAUUAAAAUGCUAGAGAAUGACCACAAAAUUUUGCGCUAUGCUGUUAGAAUGGAAUCCUCAAACCCUGAUGACAGCAAGAGACAUUUCGUCCUCUCCUAUUGCCUCGCUACUGACAUGAUAAGCAUUUAUGAACCACCUGUGCGCAAUUCGGGAAUUAUUGGUGGCAAGUACCUAUGCAAAACCAGAAUCCCAAAGCCAGGAUAUUCUACAGACGAUCCUGUUUAUUAUGAACCUGCCGACUUAACCAUAGGCGCUAUGAUAGAAGUGUUUGGCCACAGGUUCAUUAUUGUGGAUGCAGAUAAUUAUGUGUUGAAUUAUAUGGAAAGCAAUUUGGAAAGCUUCCCAGCAUCUGUUGUGCAGUCUAUGAGAAAUCAUUUUGCACCCCGCAGGGCAGCAAUAGAGGAACUAAAGAGGUUAGCUUCCAAUGAGCCUGACCCACAGGAGCUAGCUGCAUUAUUGGAGCAGAUUCAGGAACACAUGAGGCGGCAUAAUUAUCUGCCAGACAGCAGUAUGCAGGAAGCUUUCCUUCAGCAAGAUAAAGAUGGCUCAGGGCUUCUAAACAAAGCAGAGUUCUUCACCCUUUGUGACCAUUUUAAAAUACCAACUGAUGACCCAAUUUUCCAAAAGGUAAAAAGUAUGAGCUGGCAAUCUGUUCUAACUGUAAGCCAAGGCUUAUCAACAGUGAGAACAAUGAUAGAAAUGUUCAAAAGGAGGUUUAGGCUUUUGAAUUUGGAAAUGCAGGUAACGGGGUAUUAAUAGUGUAUGGGGAUACUGGUACAUCUGUCCCUUCCGUAAUUCUACCAAUAUGACUCAGAGACUGGGAUCAAUCUAAAAUCACUGUGGCUAUACAUUUGCUUUAAUUUCUUUCUUUAUAGUACCGAUAAAAAGAUAAUUGUGGCAUAACACAGAGUAGAAUACAGAAUAACAGAGUUGGAAGGGACCUUGGUGGUCUUCUAGUCCAAUUCUCUGCCCAAGCCGGAGACCCUAUAGCAUUGUGGACAAAUGGCUGUCCGAUCUUUUCUUAAAAACCUUCCCUGUUAAAUGUUAUAUGCUCCUAUAUCAUGGAGAGUUACAAUAUGGAAUGUAUCUUUAUAUAGAGAUUUCUUGUCAAUUCAUGUUGUAAUUAAUAGAUUUUUUUCUAAUUUAUCAAAGCAGUGGGAAGUUACUGCAUAUUUUCAUGAGUGCCACUUGCCCAAUUUUUGUUGGGAUUUUAGGAGUGACAAAUUUUAGAAUUCCAGAGUGGUUUGUAUUAGCCAUUUUCUGAAAUCCUUUUGUAAACUCAUAAUUUAAGUAUUAUUAAAUGACAUGCUAUUGCAGUUACGGUAACGUGUGGCAUUCCAUGUUUUUAAAAAUAGAUUUGUCUUAUUUGAGUCCCAGUACUGGUGAUUUAUUGUGUGAUAAUUGUCAUUUGCAGCACUAAUUAUUUAUCUAAAAUGUUCCAAAGUCUUUUCCAGAUUCUUACGUACAAGUAGGUAUGAUGGCAGAAUUUCAUUGCUAACAAUGUAGUUCUAAAACUUGACAUCAUGAGACCACGUUGUUUAGCAACAGCAAUUCUCAUCAUUAACUAAAUUAUGUUGAUCAUCAGUCAAGGGCCCACACUAAUCCAAGCCAUUCCCAUCUUGAUCACUCUCAGCCCCAGGUCUCAGUUCUUUCAAGGUAAGGGACUCCCUACCACUUCUCCCAAAUGCCUAUUCCCCCAAUCUCUGCCUUCUGGGUCAGCCUGUAUUGUGGGGUGGCAAGCAGCUUCAGAACCUCACAGUUGUGGGACUACUUGCUAUGUUGCAGCUCAGAGGCUGCAAGAAAGCGCUGAGCUGCAGCCACCUUGGGAAGCCACAGCCUGACCCAGCAAUGUGAUGCAAAGCCCCAGCUACCCCAAGAAGCUUCACCACCCCAGCUUAAGGGACCCUGCAUUCAGAAGCUCCUGGUGCUGUAGCUAAACUUUGCUGUCUUCCUGCUGCUGACACAUGCCUGGUCACUUGAGGCCUUCUUGCCCAGGUCUCGCAAGGAUACUGCAACGUGUGACAUUGGGAAAAGCCUCAUGUGGCCAUCAGCAACAACCUUGCAAAGGCCAGGCAUGCUAGAUCAACAGUGGGAGCAAGAAUAUGGUAAAAUUCAGCUAGGGUGGUGGAGCCCACAGUGGCUGGGGCUAUGGAGAACAGGGAGUCAAAAAGGCAGAAAUGGGGAAGAUAGGUGGAUGAUGGAUGUUAAAGUGCCCCUGCAGUUGUGGGGGUGGGCUGCUAAACCCCUGAAUUUUGAUCACGGGUCAAAGGGGGGCCCUGCAACAGCCAUAACUUCAGAGACCUGAUAUAUAAUUAUUUGCUCAGCACUGCUGCAACUUCAAACAGUCAUUGAAUAAAUCAUCAUAACUCAAGGACAAGAUGUAUUUAACUUAAUGGAACAUGUUCAUUACAAAUCCUAUUGUUAUUCGUUUUCAUUUCAGUUUAAAAGAACAUUGAUUGUCCCUGAUUUUUUCCCACUUUAACAAGUAUGCUUAAAUAUCAGAUUGUAUUUGAAUAGCAGGGACUUUGUUUGGAUUUUGUAGUAAGUAAUAGAUUUGAAAACGAAAUUCUCUGAGUAAAAUUGCAUUAUUUCUGUACUUGAAAGGCAGCCAAUUGUUUCCUUCUCCCAAUAGCAUAUUAUGCCUGUGUUUUCACAUACCCCAUCCAGCAAUUUAAAAAAAAAUAGAAAAGGAAAGCCUCACUUUUAUUUUGUUCUAUUCUGAAGAUUAAAAUCAAAAAUCUUACUACUGCAGAUUAACUGUGCAUGUUCUUAGGACAUAUGGCAAUUUUUUAAAAAAAUGAAAGUACAGCAUUUGCAACUUUUCAUUGGUUUCUCUCUCUCUUUUUUUUCCAGCUUAUUAAGAUGUGUUCUCAUGGGGAAAAUCAGAUAAGAUACCCUGACUUCCUCAAAGCUUU